AGAAGUCGCACCGGUUUUUCGAGCUCCGCUGUGCGCCAGGAGAGCCACAAGCAGCGAGGCGCAGCCGCCACCCCGCCGGCGGGUGGAAUAGUAGCAUCUUUUGUGGGGAAGGAGAAUUUGCUUCCUUUCGUGAAAGCAGUGGAUGUACAGCAGAUAGCUGAUGGGAGAAACAAUAACUAGAUGGCUACUGUCUGCAUUUAGUGUUAGGAAACAAAAUUCUACGAGUCCAUGUUGAUCUUGGAAAUACAAGGAUUUAUAAAAGUCAAGUUUCCACAGAGAGCAACAACUUUAACAUCUCCUUUUUGAUCUGAAGACUGGGGGACAAUGGAUACCAUAGAGACAGCAAAACUUGAGGAACAUUUGGAAAAUCAGACCAAUGAUCCUACAAACACUUACACAAGACCUGCUGAGCCUGUUGAAGAAGAAAACAAAAAUGGCAACAGUAAACCUAAGAGCUUAUCCAACGGGCUUCGGAAGGGCACCAAAAAGUACCCAGACUACAUCCAAAUUGCUAUGCCCACGGACUCCAGGAACAAGUUUCCCCUGGAGUGGUGGAAAACGGGCAUUGCCUUCGUGUAUGCACUCUUCAACCUCGUCUUGACAACUGUCAUGAUCACAGUCGUGCACGAGAGGGUCCCUCCCAAAGAGCUCAGCCCUCCACUCCCAGACAAGUUUUUUGAUUACAUUGAUCGGGUGAAAUGGGCAUUUUCUGUAUCAGAAAUAAAUGGAAUUAUAUUGGUUGGAUUAUGGAUCACCCAGUGGCUGUUUCUGAGAUACAAGUCAAUAGUGGGACGCAGAUUCUUUUUUAUCAUUGGAACUUUAUAUAUGUAUCGCUGUGUUACGAUGUAUGUUACCACUCUCCCUGUGCCUGGAAUGCAUUUCCAGUGUGCUCCAAAGCUCAACGGAGACUCUCAGGCAAAAAUACAACGGAUUCUACGAUUGAUUUCUGGUGGUGGGUUGUCCAUAACUGGAUCACACAUCCUGUGUGGAGACUUCCUCUUCAGUGGUCACACAGUUGUACUGACGCUCACUUACUUGUUCAUCAAAGAAUAUUCGCCUCGUCACUUCUGGUGGUAUCACUUAAUCUGCUGGCUGCUGAGUGCUGCCGGGAUCAUCUGCAUCCUUGUAGCACACGAACACUACACUGUUGAUGUGAUUAUUGCAUAUUACAUCACAACUCGACUGUUUUGGUGGUACCAUGCAAUGGCCAAUGAAAAGAACUUGAAGGUCUCUUCACAGACUAAUUUCUUGUCUCGAGCAUGGUGGUUCCCCAUCUUUUAUUUUUUUGAGAAAAAUGUACAAGGCCCAAUUCCUUGCUGCUUCUCUUGGCCACUCUCCUGGCCUCCUGGCUGCUUCAAGUCAUCAUGCAAAAAGUAUUCCCGGGUCCAGAAGAUUGGCGAGGACAAUGAGAAGUCUACCUGAGGGCCAACAGAGGCAUCAGCCCUUACACCAAAAAGAGUUUCAUGCUGUAACCAAAGGGAUAGCUUUGUUUUUAUUUUAGGAGAACUGACUGGUAUAUGAAGAAGUGGACCAAAUUUUGUGUAAAUGAUUGGAAAGAUGAACGAAGUAUUACCUUUUGACUGGUUUUUUAAUUCAUCCUGAGAAAGAUAUAUUUUCCUGUAGCUCCUCAUUCAUUGGUGACACGCUCCCAAACUGGGAUUUUAAAAAGAGGUGCCAAAGAACAUAUUAUUCCUCUGCUUAUUCUUUCUCCACUAAAAUCCUCUAUUUCAGCAUUUUUUCAGGAUUUUUCCCUCCAAGGUCAGAAGAAAUUGUUAAUGUUUUGAAUAAAAUAUCUGGAUAUAAAUGGCCACUGUGUAGAUACAAUAAGCUAAUGUUGAGAAUGCUUUUUAGAGGGAGGCUCUGAAAGGGGCAAUCAGUCUAUGGCUGGAGUCAAGUUCAAGUGCACUUUGUUUCUACCCUGUCACAGGGAAGGUUACAGUGAGGUCUGUGAGUGCCCUCUGCUGCUACACCCAAUGCACUAUGUAUC